GUCGUCGACGUGAUCGUCGCUGAUACUUCCGAACUCGUCGACGGGAGGCACAGGGUCGACGAACCAGCCAAUCAUGCGGGGGCCUGUGCAUCUGAAUUCUAAUGAGGCCCACCUGGGUAUAUAUGGGCUUAAGCCCGCGGCUUCGCUCGCGCUUUUUCCGAGGUUCUCUCCGCCACACAGAUUCCAAGAUGACGUCUUCAAUGGGAAAGAUGUUGUUUUCCUUGCCCUUGUUCUUGGCGUUCUUGGCAUACGGAGCAGCUCAGCCUCCAAGAUUAGUCUGUUACUUCAGCAACUGGGCUAUUUACCGUCCGGAUGUAGGCAGCUAUGGCAUUGACGAUAUUCCCGCUGAUAUGUGUACGCACGUUAUUUACUCCUUCAUUGGCGUGAGCAAUGUCACCUGGGGCGUGCUCGUCCUCGAUGAGGAACUCGACGUCCAGAAGGGUGGCUUCAAUAAGUUUGUCGCACUGAAAGAAAAGUAUCCACACCUGAAAACCCAGAUCGCGAUCGGUGGUUGGGGUGAGGGUGGUAAAAAGUACAGCCAAAUGGUUAGUGUGAAAGCCAGACGCGAUGCUCUGGUCAGCAGUGUUGUCGAUUUCAUGCACAAGUACAAGUUUGACGGCUUUGAUCUUGAUUGGGAAUACCCGGCUGCUACUGACAGAGGUGGCAGCUUCAGCGACAAGAAUAACUUCUUCUACUUCGUCGAAGAACUGAGGACCGCGUUUGACAAGGCCGGCAAAGGCUGGGAUAUCACGAUGGCAGUGCCAAUGGCUACGUUCCGUCUCAACGAGGGAUACCAUGUACCUGAAUUAUGCGAACUUGUCGAUGCCAUCCACGUGAUGUCUUAUGAUCUCCGUGGUAACUGGGCCGGAUUCGCCGAUGUUCACAGUCCACUUUACAGGAGGCCUCACGACCAGUACGCUUACGAAAAACUGAACGUGCAUGAUGGUCUUCAACUCUGGGAGGACAAGGGAUGUCCUGCCAACAAGCUCGUCGUAGGAAUCCCAUUGUACGGACGUACCUUCACCCUUAGCCAGGGCAACAACAACUUCAAACCGGGUACUUAUAUCAACAAGGAAGCUGGUGGCGGCGAACCAGGCAAAUACACAGGGGCUAAAGGAUUCUUAUCUUACUACGAGAUCUGUACGGAACUUCAAAAGCCGGAUCAAAAUGGAUGGACCAAGGAUUAUGAUGACGUAGGCAAGGUACCCUAUAUGUACAAGAAGGAAGGAAAGAGUCCCCAAUGGGUUGGCUACGAGGAUGCUGACAGUAUAGUCCACAAGAUGAACUUCCUUAAAGAAAAGAAAUAUCUCGGAGCUAUGGUCUGGGCCGUCGACAUGGACGAUUUCAAAGGACUCUGCGGUCCCACGAAUCCUCUCAUGACCGCAAUCUACGAUGGCUUAAAGGGUUACACAGUGACACCGAAAGAUUACAAGACAACUCCCAGACCUGAAUGGGAUAGGCCACCCAGCACAACGCCUUCGCCCGGAGAGGAAAAACCUAAACCAAAACCUACCACGGAACCAGAAGUAACAACCGAAGUACCUCGUCCCACUCAGUCUACGUCGAAGCCCGUUGAUGAAAACGAAGUCGAAUGCAAAACCGAUGGUAUGAUUCCUAGCAAGGACUGCACAACGUAUUUUAUCUGCAAUCAUGGUAAACCAAUCAAGACACAGUGUCCAGCCGGUUUAAUUUUCCAAGUUACCAAGCUCAUCUGCGACUGGCCAGCUAACGCUGAUCGUGAAGAAUGCAAAAAAGUCUAAUUCAUCAAUGAUUUGAUUCUACGUCAACUGUUCAACAUUUCAUCGAUUCGUACAUCUAUCAGAUUUAUAAAGAAAUUUAUUGCAAUAAUUUUAUUUUAACAGAGAACAUUCAUUACCUGUUAUUAUUUGUUGUUGUACGCAAGAGUGUGUGCGAUGUGAAAAUCGCUGCGAGCCACAUAAUAAAUCAUACACAAUUUAUUAAAAAUCUGAGAA